CUGGAGGCUCCUCCUACUUAAUGGGUCUGAAUGUACAUGUCUCAAGGGGAAAAACCCUUCUUGUGUGAAGCUCAGGGCUGUGGUCGUUCCUUUGCUGAAUACUCCAGCCUUCGGAAACACCUAGUUGUCCACUCAGGAGUAAAGCCCCACCAAUGCCAAAUCUGUGGGAAGACGUUUUCUCAGAGUGGUAGUAGGAAUGUGCACAUGAAGAAACAUCAUUCCAGAGCUGGAACAGCUAGCAAUAGACAGCACGAACAAACAGAAUCGCUUAUGGGUAGUAGUCUGUUGGAAGAAUCUGAAGUGCACAGCAAGAAUCUGGUGUCCAUGAGCUCACCACCUAGCCUAGGUGUGGAAUCCUUGCACUUGCCAGAUACAGAAUCAAUUAUUGGUGUAAAAGAGGAGGUUCUUGUUGAAGCAACAACAAACACGCUCCAUGGUGCACCUGAUGUGGUUUUGCCGUCUCAUCAUCUGAUGCCCAUGUCAACAUCAAGGCACACCUAUGGGGUGUCAGCUUUGCUACAGUAAAUCCACAGAUACAGAAGGAAGAACAAAACUAUGACGUAUUGAACACAUGUGAAGGCUUGUGUGGUGUGCUCAAGAAGCCAUGUGGUACCUGAAUUCCCAGAGUUCAUGCUGUGCCUGUAGCAUACCUUUCAUGACAUGCUGGACUGGAGGCCUGGAAUAUGGUUCUGCUUCAGUCACUGGAAACUUUGUUUCCUGAAGAAGAGAGCUGCAACUAAUGUUUGAACAAUGUGGUGUUCCUGUUGAACCUCCAAAGGCCAGGAGACAACUCAUGUAACUAGUCCAGAGAGCCUCCCGCCCCCAUCCCUUCUGAAGCUGGUCAUAAGCUCGGCAUUAUAUUGGCUUGUUCUCCUUGGAGAAGUAGCUUUUUAGAUUGUAGUGAAUUCUGCCACAAGGUACUGCACUCUUGUUCUUGCUUCUGAGUUGAGGGGUGGUUCUGUGGUUUCUUUUGGAGCUAGAGCUUCCACAUCCCCUUGCUUUGUGCAGAUACAUUCACUAAUGCUGCUUUUGCUCGAAAUUAAAGACCUGAUGAUCUUCAGUGGAUUGCCUAAGACACCCUGUUACUUGCUUCUCAUCGCAAUAUUUUAAUUUCUAAUUAUUAAGGUUUUUAGGACUUUUAAUUUAAAAGAAAAUCAGAGGUAGAAACUAUUCAGUGGUGUUCGAUUGUAAAUAAACCAUGUAUUUCAACAUCUGAAGAA